AUAAUAAUCAUAAUCGUGGUUAUGACUGUGAUGGUGGUGGUAAUCGUCUGCUUGCUCAACCACUAUAAGCUUUCCACUUGGUCCCUCAUCAGGAGGCAGAGUCAGGGCAGGAGACAGGAGGACUCUCUGCAGCCGGAGGGAUGUCUGUGGCCAUCAGAUAGCGGGUCACGACAAGGUGCCUCGGAGGUGAUGUACGCUCCACAGCCGAGGGACAGGUUCACCGCCCCCUCCUUUAUGCAGAGGGAGCGCUUCAGCCGCUUCCAGCCCACCUUCCCGUACAUGCAGCACGAGAUCGACCUGCCCCCCACCAUCUCGCUCUCGGACGGAGAGGAGCCGCCGCCUUACCAGGGUCCCUGCACGCUGCAGUUACGCGACCCCGAGCAGCAGAUGGAGCUGAACCGCGAGUCGGUCCGAGCUCCGCCCAACCGCACCAUCUUUGACAGUGAUCUCAUUGACAUGCACAGCGGGGGCGGCGGCGGCGGCGGGGGCAGCGGCGGAGGGCCGCGCCCCCCCAGCAGUAACUCGGGCAUCAGCGCCGCCAACUCCAGCGCCCACGGGCGGAUGGAGGGCCCGCCACCGGCCUACAGUGAGGUCAUGGGCCACUAUCCAGGCUCCUCGUUCUUUCUUCACCAGCACAGCAAUAACCAGCCCCUAUCGGUAGCCCCUCAGCCUCCCAGGGCUAGGACAGGCCAGCAGAACAGUCCGGAAAGCACAGUUGUCCUCAGCAAGGCCAAGGAACGACAGAGGGAGGAGCUAGUGUGAACUGAGGGGGCUCAGUUAAUAUAUUCAGAGGUCACUUGCCCCGCCCCUCCUCUCACAUCAAAGGGGGUGUGGUCUCACACUCAACACUCCCAUGCACAACAGAAUAUAUCGACCUUAGCA